AUUUUAUAAAAAAAGAAGUAAAAACCGUCUUUGACGAUAUCCGGCCCAGCAAAACAAAACUGGUCUGCAACUAAGUGCAAGACAAGUGUGCCAACCGGCCUCUUUAUUUUGUGCAAGAGCAACCUGGGACGGCCUGGCGCAACCUCGUGCACCAUCACACACACUUCGACUUCAACGAGACACCUGCCGCGUUACGCACCAGCAGCUGAGUGAAACAGACCAAAACUUUCAGACGACUUCCUACCGUUUCCUUGGUUUGUUUCUCAAUCCUGUUGCCGUCGGCGUCGAGUCACAGCUACCAGGCCAGACUGGACCGUAGGUCGGAGGAAGGCCAACAAGCCAUGACCCGCUCUGAAUCUGAAAGCGCGGCACCAUGACCAUGAGUGACAGACAGCGUGAACGCCCAAUGGCAGCAGCAUGCCCGACCUACCCCCAACGGCCCCUCUCUAUCUCCUCACACUGACCGCAUCCGGCGUGCUCCUCCAAUUUGACAAACCCAAGCGAAUAACCGACGGAGCCUGCAGAACACUAGAACAGACAACCAAAAAACAAUCAGUAUAUGAUCCCAAGAUGAAGAUAAGCACGGCACGCCAAAAAUAUAUACAGUAAAUUUGUUGAAUCAGCAUGACAUAACAACAGCAAUGAAUUACAGCAGACUUGAAAUGAAAUUUGGAAGCCUGCUUUGACAAACCUGAACCCUCCAGGCUAUAUAUACCUACGGGAGCAGGUGAGCUCUCCUCGCCCGGCCAUCCGUACCAAAAUUAGCCGUGCUACUUGCCAGGCCGUCCGUACCUGUUUUGGGUCACCAAAUGCAACGCGCGCCGGACCUGCCCAUGCCAUUUCCUCCCUCCAUCUAACCACUCCCCCAGCCCUCCACGCCACUCUCACCCGCUCUUCAUUUACCCUCCUCGCCUCACGCUCCUCCUUCCUCUACCUCCUCCUCACUCGUUCACUCGUCUCCGUCCCAAGAUAGGAGCCCAGCACAAACUCCCAUGAUCAUCCUCUUCCAAAAGUGAGCAAGAGAAAAUGAAGAUCAGUUAGAGGAGGGUUUUCCAAUUCCUACUCGCCUCGCGCUUCCAGUAGUUGCCGCAUUGUUCCUUCCGUUCCAUACUUCCAUCAUCUCUUCCACCCCGCAGACUGCCGCGGGUUCUUGCAUUCGCGAAGAUGGCACUAGCUCUGCGGCUCCUCCUCGCGUUCCUGGCAAUUGGAUCCUGCAUAGCUGCCGACCAUAUCGACCUGUGGCCGAUGCCCAAGUCGGUGUCCCACGGGACGCAGAGGCUCUACGUCAGCAACAACGCCACCAUGUCAAUGGCGGGAAGCAAGUACUCCGACGGCAAGGCGAUCCUCAAGGAUGCCUUCCAGAGGAUGCUCGAUUUGAUGAAGCUGAACCACAACGCCGACGGUGCAAACCCAAGCUCCUCCCUGCUUACCGGUGUUAACAUAGUCGUUCUUUCGACACAAGAUGAGCUCGGCUUUGAGGUGGACGAGUCAUACAACCUGACUGUUCCUACAAUAGGAGAGCCGCUGCAUGCGCAGAUUGAGGCUCAAACAGUUUUUGGAGCACUUCACGCCUUACAGACAUUUAGCCAACUGUGUCACUUUGAGUUCACAUCAAGGCUUAUUGGACUCAACUCAGCUCCGUGGAUGAUUAGUGAUGCGCCCAGAUUUCCUUACCGAGGCCUUCUUAUUGAUACCUCAAGGCAUUAUCUUCCUCUCGCGAUAAUUAAAGGAGUGAUUGAUGCAAUGACAUACAGUAAACUGAACGUUCUCCAUUGGCAUAUCGUGGAUGAGCAGUCAUUUCCGAUUGAAAUACCUUCAUACCCAAAUCUGUGGAACGGUUCAUACUCUUAUUCCGAGAGAUACACAAUGUCUGAUGCCAUCGACAUUGUACGGUAUGCUGAAAAACGAGGUGUAAAUGUCUUGGCUGAGAUUGAUGUUCCUGGCCAUGCUCGUUCAUGGGGUGUUGGCUACCCAUCAUUGUGGCCAUCAGAUAGCUGCAGAGAACCGCUUGAUGUCAGUAACAACUUUACCUUCAAAGUUAUUGAUGGUAUUCUUUCAGAUUUUAGCAAGGUUUUCAAAUUCAAAUUUGUCCACUUAGGAGGUGAUGAAGUCAAUACAAGCUGCUGGACUGCAACACCACACAUUAAGGAAUGGUUGAAUAAUAACCACAUGAAUGUGUCGGAUGCAUACAGAUAUUUUGUGUUGAGAGCCCAAAAGAUAGCAAUAUCACAUGGAUACGAAGUCAUUAACUGGGAAGAAACGUUUAACAACUUCGGAGAUAAGUUGGACCGUAAAACCGUGGUGCAUAACUGGCUUGGGGGGGAUGUAGCACCAAAAGUGGUUGCUGCAGGGCUGAGAUGCAUAGUAAGCAACCAGGAUAAGUGGUACCUAGAUCACUUGGAUGCCACAUGGGAAGGAUUUUACCUGAAUGAACCCCUGAAAGGAAUCAACAACACAGAACAGCAACGGUUGGUUAUUGGUGGUGAGGUUUGCAUGUGGGGAGAGCAAAUCGAUGCAUCGGAUAUUGAACAAACUAUUUGGCCACGUGCUGCAGCAGCUGCAGAGAGACUGUGGAGUCCACUUGAGCAGAUUGCUGAAGACACCAGGUCAGCCACAUCAAGACUGUCACGCUUCAGGUGUUUGCUGAAUCAGAGAGGGGUAGCUGCUGCACCAUUAGCUGGCGAUGGUCGUACAGCACCAUAUGAACCUGGUCCCUGUGUAAGGCAAUAGGAUAUUCAUAGCAAAAUUUGAAGUAGCAUUCAAAGAGGAUACACAUCAUUCACAAGUGUUAGUUCAGCAUUAUGAAUCUGGAGUAGUUAUAUGGUUGUGUAGACUAUAGAAGGUUUCAGGGAGU